CAUCUUUGCAUCACUCUUUCACCAACUGUACCCUCCUCCAGUCACUUCCUUUUCCAUGGCCAAACAUUUUCUCUCUGCAUUAAUUACUUAGCACUGUCACUGUGAAUGCUAUCUUUUGUUUUCGAUCCCAUUUUUGUGUUCAUCUUCGGCUUGAUCUAUUCUAUUGCUCAUAUUCUCGGCUUAUAACCGAUAAAGCUGUUCACAUUACAAUAGGAAGGUUUGUCUUGUCAGGUAGUGGCUGCAGUAGAGGUUCUCCUGUUUUGUGCGGAUAUUGAUAUUGGCAUGGUGUUUUUCUGAACCCCAUUUUCCGAAGAAAGUGAGAGAAGAGACACUGCUAGGAAGAACAUGAAAAUUCAGUGUGACGUGUGUGAGAAAGCCCCGGCAACAGUGAUUUGUUGCGCAGAUGAAGCAGUUUUGUGUGCCAAAUGUGACGUUGAAGUUCAUGCUGCAAACAAGCUUGCAAGCAAGCAUCAGAGGCUUCUUCUUCAAUGCUUAUCAAACAAGCUUCCCAGAUGCGACAUAUGUCAGGAUAAGGCAGCUUUCAUAUUCUGUGUUGAGGACAGAGCACUCUUGUGUAAAGACUGUGAUGAGCCAAUUCAUGUAGCUGGUAGCCUUUCUGCGAACCACCAGCGGUUUCUUGCUACUGGUAUUCGGGUGGCUUUGGGUUCUAAUUGCACCAAAGGCAAUGAAAAGGGUCAGAUGGAACCAUCUAAUCCAAAUGCACAAGAAGUUCCUGUGAAAGUUCCUUCUCAGCAAGUGCCUAGCUUCACAUCCUCUUGGGCAGUUGAUGACUUGUUGGAAUUAACAGACUUUGAGUCACCAGACAAAGGUCAGAAGCAGUCUCUGGAGUUUGGAGAGCUUGAAUGGCUAGCAGAUGCAGGUCUUUUUGGUGAACAGUUCCCUCAGGAACCUUUAGCAGCUGCUGAAGUUCCCCAGCUUCCAGUGACACAUACCAGCAAUGUUGCCUCACAGAAAGCUUCUAAGUCCUUCAUGUCUUACAAAAAGCCUAGGAUUGAAGUUCUAGAUGAAGAUGAUGAGGAACAUUUCACUGUUCCUGAUUUAGGCUAGAACACAUGGUCAUGUAAACAAUUGCAUACAAUUGAUGAGUUGUAUAUGCAUUCUAGAUGGAGAUGUUUAUGAACUCUUGGAUAUGCAUUAUCUAGCUGAAGCUCAGGACUAAGAGGACAAUUUCAUGUAUCUGUGUAGAUUGAUGAGUUGUAUAUGCAUACUUCUCCUAGGACCUUGAGUAAUGAAGUAUGUUAACUAGUUCUAUGGAGUUGAUGAAUAUCUCAUUUUAGGA